GCGAUUAAAAUGGCGGCGGCGUGAAGUUGCAUGUUGUUGUAGCCCCCCCCUCCCCCGAGUCCGUUGGGAGGAACCUUCAGUUGUUGCCGCCGCCGCCAUGGCGGUGACCGUCACCCUGAAAACCCUGCAGCAGCAGACGUUCAAGAUCCGAAUGGAGCCUGACGAAACGGUCCGAAUUCUUAAGGAGAAGAUUGAGGCUGAAAAGGGCAAGGAAGCCUUCCCAGUAUCAGGCCAGAAGCUUAUCUAUGCUGGGAAGAUCCUGAGUGAUGAUGUCCCCAUCAAGGAGUACAAGAUUGAUGAGAAGAACUUUGUUGUGGUGAUGGUCACCAAGAACAAAACAGGCUCAGGAGCUCCUGCACCCUCCCCCAGUGAUGCAGUGCCCACCUCAGAGCUCUCUCCAUCCUCUGGGCAGACAGUCCUGCCUACAGCAGCUACUAUUUCACCCCCACCAGCAAUUCCAUCAAGUGAUGAAAAGCCUUCUGAAGAAGCAGUGACUAUUUCCUCUUCAGAAUCUGUAGUUGGCUCUGUUCCCUCUUCAGGUAGCGUGGGACGUGAAGAUGAUGCAGCCUCCACCUUAGUUACUGGCUCAGAGUAUGAGACAAUGUUGACUGAAAUCAUGUCAAUGGGAUAUGAGCGAGAGCGGGUGGUGGCAGCACUUCGGGCCAGCUACAACAACCCUCACCGAGCUGUGGAGUACUUACUAACGGGUAUCCCAGGUAGCCCAGAACCAGAGAGUGCCCCCAUUCAGGAGAGCCAGCCUCAAGAGCAGUCAGCACCAGAGGGAGAGAAUCCUCUGGAAUUUCUACGAGACCAACCCCAGUUCCAGAAUAUGCGACAGGUGAUCCAGCAGAAUCCAGCCUUGCUCCCUGCCCUGCUCCAGCAGUUAGGCCAAGAGAACCCUCAGCUGCUGCAGCAAAUCAGCCAACAUCAGGAGCAGUUCAUUCAGAUGCUCAACGAACCUCUGGGUGAAAUGGCUGACAUCGCAGAUAUUGAGGGGGAGAUGGGUGCUAUUGGGGAAGAAGCCCCUCAGAUGAAUUACAUUCAAGUCACGCCUCAGGAAAAAGAAGCCAUAGAAAGGUUAAAGGCCCUGGGCUUCCCUGAGAGCCUGGUGAUCCAGGCAUAUUUUGCUUGUGAGAAGAAUGAAAAUCUGGCGGCCAACUUCCUGCUGAGUCAGAACUUUGAUGACGAGUGAUAAAGGAAAAGAGUUUUAUAUAAAAUCCUCUAUAUAAAUAUUCAUUUAUUUAAAGGGGCACUACUAGGGUUGGGGGUGGUAUGAAUUUAGAAUGUCCCAGGCAAAUUACUGGCUGGAGGAAAAUACUCUACCUUGGAAGCUGGGCAGUUGGCGAAAAAACAGAACAAACAGACCUUCUCCCACAUACUCCCCUAAAACAAUGCCUGCAUUUGAUCCCAGGUGCAUCCCAUGACAGUCCUUGGGCUGGCAGGCAGGAUGUUCAGGGGAAGAGUGAAACAGCAGAUGGGUUCUGUUGGACCUUCUCCCAUCUGAGGGGAUUGCGUAUGUUCAGGCAGAUUGCUCUUUUGUUUGCAGAUUCCAUCCUCCCACUGCCAGUGUACACUACUACAAUGACUAAAUAUCUCUAUGCCCAUUGGCUAAUUCUGUCAGUAGUAUUAUCCCCUUCAGUUUCCACCACUGCCCUUUGAAACAAGUCCAGCUGUCCAUCCCUGUUCCAGAGUGCUCCAUGGGUGACUUGCCUUUCAGUGAACAUUUUGAUAGUUCUUCCUGCAUUGAAGAGGCUGUGCUGUGGUGGAGGAAUAACUUGUGAUGAUGUACAAAACUUCAGCACAUUUCUUUACUCUGUCUUUCUCUGUUAGGCAGCCACUUACCCUCUACUUGCAGCUUCCAGACACUGUCGUUAAAUUCAUUCUCAGAAGACAUCUUGGAAGUCAGGGCCGGAGAACAGUUGCACUUGGAUCCAGCCAGAUUCAAACACUGAGGCCCUUUCACUGUUUAAACUUUUCCCUCUUCCUUUGACAUCUCAAGUUUUCAUCCAGCAGCUCUGCAGAACUAGAGAUGUGUUAUGAUUGUCUUUAAAGUUUCGAUUCUUAAGUAAGGUUAAACUUCCAUAUAAGAUUGCUUAGUAUAUUUUGAGAUUUAACAUUAAAAUUUUGGAACCUGCAAGCCUAAUGCAGCAGUAAAAAGAGGAAUGGGUAUUUGCAGCUGAGUCUCUUCCUUGGAGCAAAAGUCCAUUGAAUGAAACCCCAUUUUGAAAGUGUUCUGUAUUGUGGAGGUUUUACAGAAACUAAUAUUUUCUAAUAUGAACCUGUUCAAAAGAUUCUUCUAUUUUAAAGACCAUUUUUCUUUUCUUAAAACAUUAGCUGGGAUACAAAUUUGUGUAUUAGACAUUUUGCAGAUUUUACUUUUUAAUUUUGAAAAAAGGUAAAAUUAACAAAUUUGCACAAACAUUCUUUAUAGGAAAAUGUGUAAAAAAAAUCCUUUUGGUGUACUUUUUAAAAACUUGAGUUUGAGCUGUGACUACACAUGAGCAUAUCCUGAUUAAUCUCAGAAAAAGGCUGAUCUAGUCUAUGACUCUCAAUCCCUGGCAACCAGUGGAAUUGGUUGGGCAGGUAUGAAACUGCAAAGUCUCCCCAAUUUAGGUCAAUCAUCACCUUUAUGCAGGGGAGUUGGUAAAAGUUGUUUGAGUUGAACACCAAUAAAACUGUCAGUUAUCAUCUUUUAAAUGCCAAUUUCCUUUGAUAAACCAUGAAAUUGACUGUUGCCUCUCUUCCCAGCACCCCGGUAACAAACCUGCCUGGGAGUCCCACUCUUUCCUCAGCAUAUGCCCUCUCAAAGAGAACCAGAGUAUUGCCUCUAUGCCUCAAAAAUAAAUUCUGAAGCCAUAA